UACAUACAUACAUACAUACAUACAUAUUACUUCACACAGCUUUACCCCGAAAUCUUCGCAUACCACAGCCCGAACCCGCACAUCCCUAGUCCUAAACCUAAACCGUACAUUUGUGCUUGAUCCCCGAAAGCAUAACACCCAAGCCCCCCCCCCUCGCAAACAUGGCACAAGCACAAGCGCAAACCCCAACGCAAGAAGACAUACAAGCGCUCGCCGCACAAUCCGACAGCCCCUCGGAAACCCUGCGGCGCGCCGCCGCAACCGCCGAAUCCGCGCUGUCCUCGGCCGAAACCGCGUCUUCACUGCGCCGCGCCGCAGCCACCAUGUCGGAUCCCGCGAAGCGCUCCCAGUAUCUUCAAGACGCCUACGCACACGAAGUGCAGGCGCACGGCCAGAGCAAGAAGGCGCGCAUGCUGAGUUCGGGUGUGUUUCAGGGCGGGCUGGGGGGAGGCGGGAUUGGAGUUGCGGUUGGAGCUGGGUUGGGGACCGUUGUUGGCACGCUGGUUGGGACCGUCGCUGCGAUCCCGAGUGCGGCUGUCGGAACGCUCGUGGGGGUUGGUGUUGGGGGCGUGCAUGGGCCUUGGAUCAGGCUGGGUGGGAAGAAGGAGGAGGGGGAGGAGAAGAAGAAGAAGAAGAAGAAGAAGAAGAAGAAGGAGGGAGAUGAAGGGGAGGGCAAAGAGGAGAGCAAAGAGGAGAGCAAAGAGGCAGAGGCAAGUGAAGAGGAAGAAGGAAUACUGGAUCCGGUGGCGUUGAGACGGGUCGCGGAUCAGAUGGAUGAGGAAGAGAAAAAAAGGAGGGGUUCGCAAAGAAGAGCAGAGGGAAAGGAGAAAGCCCAGGAAGUUGGAGGUUAG